AUGGCGACAGUUCCAAGACAAUUGAUUUGGGAGAUCGUUAAGACCAGCAACUGUCUCUUGGUCAAACAGUUCGGAAGAGGCAACGCCAAGGUUCAGUUCAGCAAGGAGACUAACAAUCUCUGCAACCUUAACUCCUACAACCACUCUGGUUUUGCAAACAAGAAGACAGUGACCAUCCAGCCUGCUGACAAGGAACAAGGUGUUGUCCUCGCUACCACCAAGACCAAGCCUAAGAUCUCUGUCAACAAGUCCAUCCUGAAGAAGGAACAAGCCUAA